UGUGUUUCGUUUGAUAUGCAGAAAUUCAAGCACAUAAUGAGGGAACUACAGGGGGCUAUACUUGUUGGUUCAGUAUUCCAGAUAAUAUUAGGAUACACUGGUCUUAUUUCACUGUUUCUGAGGUUAAUAAAUCCAGUAGUGGUGGCACCAACUAUUGCUGCAGUGGGUUUGGCAUUUUUUAGUUAUGGUUUCCCUCAGGCUUGCAGCUGUGUAGAAAUCAGCAUGCCCCUCAUUCUGUUGGUUCUUCUGUGCACUCUGUACAUGAGAAAAAUAUCCUUGUUUGGCAACCAUAUCUUCCUUGUCUAUGCGGUACUUCUCUAAUCCUCUCCCUUUACACCCUUAGUGCGGGUAGCUGAUUGUGUGCUGACUACACUGGGAGCU